UCCGUCGGUACCCACACUAGAGCCCACCAGUCGGCGUGCCGGCCGCACUGCGCGGUAGCUCGCAGCCUCAGCAGGCGGACGGCUGAGGGCUGAGAUCCGGGGCAGCACCCCACCCCGUACGGACCAGGCGAAGAGCGUAGGAGUGUCGCUGAGCACCUCGGUUCCGCGCGGAUGGUACGCCGUAGAGUUGACGGUGACAGAGGCAGUGACGGUUCCAGGAACCGGGGAUAGACACCGUGACAGCCCGGGGUGCCCGUGACAGUUUCAGCCGUCUGUCAGAGUGUGGCCACUGACACUUCUGGCAGAUCGUCCGCCGGUGCAGCGGCGGAGGCCUCAGGGAUCACCCAACCGAGAUGUAAGAGCCCGCGCGGCGUCCGAGCCCGCCCCGGCGUCAUGUCGGCGCUCAACUGUACGGCGCCGCUGGAGACGGCCGUCAACAGCACGGCGGCGCUGCUGGCCGCCCAGCGGCGCCAGCUGCUGGCCGACAUCGAGAGCCGGCACGCGCUCAUCUACAUCAUCGUGGUGCUCUCCUUCUACUCGGCCGGCAUAGUCAUCAUGAUGGUGAAGUACAUGAAGCAGGAGCGGGAGGAGCAGCAGGAGGCCAACAUGUACCGGCGCUACCUGCACACGGCGCGCCAGCAGAGCGGCCACACGGCCUCGCGCGGCCGGCUGGCCAACCGGCUGGCGCUGCAGGCGCUCAACAUGGCCAACGCCGUGCCGCAGACCACCCGCCAGGGCAGCAAGGUCACCUUCGUGUGACCGCGCGCCGGG